AUGGAAGUUGUUCAACACGUCGCUAUCGCAAGUAGUACGCCUAAAAAACUUCAGAUUGGAGUUAAGAAACGACCAGCAGAAUGUCCGACAAAAAGUAGAAAAGGAGAUCUUUUACACAUGCACUACACUGGUACCCUUGAUGAUGGCACUGAAUUUGACAGUUCUGUUCCAAGAGGAACUCCCUUAACUUUUACCUUGGGCGCAGGUCAGGUUAUAAAAGGAUGGGAUCAAGGUUUAAUAGGCAUGUGUGAAGGUGAACAAAGAAAACUAGUCAUUCCACCAGAGCUAGCUUAUGGAGAGGCUGGAGCUCCACCAAAGAUUCCAAAAUCAGCAACCUUAACAUUCCAUGUAGAUCUAGUAAAGAUUGAAAGAAAGGAUGAACUUUAA